CGCCUGAGGUGGACAUGGGCCAACGCCUGCAGGAUAAGCAGCACAGGGUGGAGACUGUCCCUGAACUCAUAAGACCAGACUGUUGUAGAAGUUAUUUGACCAAACUGCAGAAGGAAAAACUUACAGGAACCAUCAUGGCUGCAAGGUUCUGUGGAGUUUUUGUCUUUCUCGCAGUAUGUCUGAGUGGACUGAAUGCAUCAAGACCAGCUGUGAACCAGGAACUCUCUACUCUCUUCAAUGAGCUCUGGAUGGAUGUGAACCGUAUGAAGCCUGUUGACUACACAAUCACUGUUCAAGGUAGGGCUGGGUUUGUAAACCAGGGCAGCCAAGUUGUUCAGGAUCAUGCAUCACUGCCUCUUUUCUCCAACGUUAAUGAGGUGAAAUUGAGAAACACAACCACCAUCUCCAGGUUCAUGAAACUCCUGGACAACUAUGAGCGGUCCACAGGCGUGACAGAACGAGUCACGACAGAGGAACUGGCGGAGAUGAAUCUUUUCCUGGAUGCCGUCGUAGAUACACAAGCCAUGAAGCGGGCUCAUCAGUAUCUGGUCAGUAAAGGACAGUCCAGCUCUAACUUGAGGUUUAAGAGUCAGCUGAUACUGAUCUGGUUCCACCUUUAUCACAGACAGAGAACACAGGGUGAGGAUUCCUGUGGGUUUGAGCACGUCUUUGUUGGAGAAACAAGGUCUGGGACAGAAAUCAUCGGUUUCCACAACUGGAUCCAGUUCUACCUGCAAGAAAAAAACAGGCAGUUGGACUACAAAGGAUACAAAGCCAGGGAGCACGACUUACCGGAUCAUGAUGACCACGUUCUGAACCUUCAGUUCACCUGGCAUGGAGUGGUGAAACCUGUUGGUAGUGCUUUUAUUGGGACCAGCCCAGAGUUUGAGAUGGCCAUCUUCACCGUAGUCUUCCUCAUGAACACAGAGAGAAGCACCACAGUGCUCGUCAACAUCGCCCAGUGUCAGAUGGAGCUGGUGGUCAUCAGACAUGGACGCUCCCUCGGGACUGCAUAUCCCAGACUGCUCAGCAGCAACAGCAGACACAUGAGGCAGCGCUCACACUGAGGUGGAGCAUCUGAGUCUGACACAGCUUCAUCUCCAUGAAUAUGAAGCUGAAAAUGUGUACCUGCAUGCUAUUGGCAACAUUGUCCAAAUCAUUGUAAAUUUGAUCCAUUUCAUGUUUGUAUGCAAUGAGUUCAUGAAAUAAACAGAAUUGUAUGUCAUAUUGUAAUGUAUUUACACAAUUUACAAUUUUAAAGAAAUGAAAUUCCAC